AUGGUCCCACGCCCCCCCCUUCCCGCCAGGUUCCGGCAGCUGGUGGCCCAGCACGAGCCCGAGGUGCAGGAGGUGUCCCAGCUCUUCCGCUCGGUGCUGCAGGAGGUCCUGGAGAGGAUGAAGCAGGAGGAGGAGGCCCACAAACUGACGCGCCAGUGGAGCCUGCGGCCCCGCACCGGCCUGGCCCCCUUCAAGACCCGCGCGCGCAUCUCCCCCUUCGCCAGCGACAUCCGGACCAUCUCCGAGGACGUGGAGCGGGACACGCUGCCGCCGCCCCGGGCCUGGAGCAUGCCCGAGUUCCGCGUGCCCAAAGCCGAAUGA